AUGGCAUCGUCAACUACGUCGGCUCUCCCUGAGCAGACAGCGUCUUCUCAGGGAAACUCCCAUGCAGCAGGCGCUGGUAUUACUGGAGGCUACACUGGCGAUUCACUUGGAAUGAAGAUCAUCAUCUCAUUCCUUCUUGGUCUUGGUCUCUAUAAUGCCCUCGAGCUCAUUACGAUAAUCCUCAUCACCUUCAACAAAUAUCGGGGGAUCUACUUUUGGAGCCUAAUGGUCGCCGGAUUCGGUAUCUUCCCGUAUGCGCUUGGCUUCGUAGUCAAGUUCUUCCAUCUCCUGGAUCCUGACAAGAACAUUGGAUUCGUUGCUGUGACCAUGAUUUCCGUGGGAUGGUGGGCUAUGAUCACUGGUCAAUCUGUCGUACUUUGGUCCCGACUCCACUUGGUCACCAACUCACGACGCAUCUUAAACUGGACGCUGGGUAUGAUAAUCGUCGAUGCCAUCGUCCUCCACAUACCUACAAGUAUAUUGAGCUUCGGCGCCAAUGCCAACGACUUUUCUCCGGAAGUGCUCAAAACCUUCAUCAAUGGAUACACCGUUAUGGAGAAGAUUCAAAUGGUUGGGUUCUUCCUGCAGGAACUCAUCCUAUCCAUCAUCUAUAUCAAAGAGACGAUUCGGUUGCUCCGAUUAUCAGAGGCCGCAGCCAACUCUGACGGCAGUAGAACCAUUACCGAUAGUCGGCUACACACCAGACACAUGCGCAAGGUCAUGUAUCAAUUACUCGCCAUCAAUGCCAUCAUCAUCGCCAUGGACAUCAUCUUACUCGCCGUCGAACUCGCCAACUACUACCUCGUCGAAGUCUGCCUGAAAGCCGCCGUCUACUCCAUAAAACUCAAGCUCGAAUUCGCAGUCCUGAGUCGCCUCGUCCAGCUCGUGCGCACCAAAUCGCAAUCCGGAAACCACCUCAGCGGCGGACUCAGCGGCUCCAGCCAGAGCGAACGCCGUGGAACUGGUGACGCAAUCCUCUCUUCUUCCCCUGAGAAGAUCCGCAGUCACACGGGCAGCCUCGCCAGGUCUCCACCCAUCUCCCCGACCACCGUCAUCCAAGAAUAUCCUGACUUCGUAGACCCGCGAUAUGUGAGCCCAGACAUCACGCAUGCGGAGCCCGCGUACUUCCCUCCGCCCGAAGACGCGAUCGAGAGCUUGAACGAGGCUUGGGAGGUAGAGUCGCGGGAUAAGUGGCGGAGGAGGAGCAGCAGGGCGCAAAGGGGACAGAAUUGGAUAGACCAGGAGAUGGAUAAACACAAUAUUGGCUGA